GAUCCAUCGUUCCUACUGAUGCUGUCAAACCUCCUCCAUCUGCAGAAUCGCCUGGAUCCCAGUUCAUCUCUCCUCUUGGACUCAUACGCACCAAACAGCAAUACCACCUCCUCCCCAAUAGCAAUCCUCUCCUCCACCUCCGCAGCCCCUCUCCUCUUCUUCAUCAUCGUCUCCAUGCUCUCCUGCUCUGCAUCCCUCUGCUCCUCCUCCUCAACUUCCUCUUCCUCCAAUAAUAACAACAAUAAUGACUCCUCUGCUGACCACAGUGUCUCCACCUUUCGAGCCCUCACCUCAGAACACAUUUGGACCAUGGAGGCACCUGUGCGCGACACCCAGUGGCGAUCCUCCAACGGCCUCUCUUACCCAGUCUUCACUACAGUGGUCGAAAAGCUCAAGCCCCACAUACUCCAAUCCAACCUCUCCCUCCCUGCUGAUUACACCAUCGUUAUGGUCCUCUCUCGCCUUGCUCACAGCUACUUCACCAAAACUCUAUCUUCUCAUUAUUCACUGGAGCCUUACCUCGUCUCCAAGAUCACCAACAUGGUCAUCUGCUCUCCUUGUCAACGUGGAAAUCUAUGACAAUGAGGUACAGAAAAUGCUAAUAGCCAAAAACCAAAUCACGGUGAUUAUCACAUUUCUCCCUAGAAGUUUUGGCUAGUGCAUAUAAGCCAUGCUAGGAAAAAGAAAAAUUUUUGAUACGAGGAACAAGAUGUAGACCUGAAGUUUGAUGAAUCGAUCCAAAUCCACAUCUUGUCUUUGCAACUCCUGAUCGAUCUCAUUAUCGAAGAGGGAGAAAACCGGUGAAUCCGUCAAAGAAGCCACAUGCCUAUCGUUGAGCGACAACCCUAACCCCGUUGAAACUGAUCGUGUUUGCAGAAAAUCCACAGAGUUUAUCUGUGAAUUGUCUCCAAGAAGUCUUGUUCUUUCAAUUUUUUCUUCGUUGGUUCGGAACCAUUAUCCCACCUUAAAUCGCUCCCACUGCAAUCCAUUGUUGGGACUGCACCAGGAGCGAAUCCAACUACAUGAACUACACAAAAAGUAAAACAAACCACGCACCUCAGACCAUUGUUGGUUGUUGCGUGUUGCAUAAUUUGUGUCAGAUUGCAAGGGUAUUUUAAGUACUUCAUAUUUAAUAAGGAUAUUUUAGUAUUUAAUUAACCGUGACUGAAACUAAAGCCUAAGUCUGAUUUGAUGAAACAGAGGAUUGUUCUCAUAAUUGUGCCAUUCUCCAGCGGAUAGCGCUGGAAAUUUCCCUUCAAAAUUCUCCCGUAACACUAACGUCGCAGUUUUUCUCGAAUCUCGCCUCUUCCCACUCCCUCUGUUAUUGGGAAGCUCCAUUUCCCCUCUCUCUCUAUCAUGGAGCUCUUGAAUCCCCCAUCUCUCACUCUUCCCUCAUCUUCCCGUUCUCCCCUUUCUUCUUCUUCUUCUUCUUCUUCUUCUUCUUCUUCUUCUUCUUCUUUAUUCAUCUGCAGAUCGCAGAAGCAAACAAAUAUUUCAAUCUUAGUUAAGUCAAAUUUGGUUGCGAGCAAGCUGAGCUUCAGUUUCCGCAAAAAACCUUUAAUUUGGCGCCAAAAACACGUUAUCAGAGCUCAAACAUCGAACCAAGCUGAAGAUGAAGGUUUCGUCCUCGAAGAUGUUCCUCACUUAACCGACUUCCUCCCCGAUUUACCUGCAUACCCAAAUCCUUUGCAGAAGAGUUCAGCAUAUGCAAUUGUUAAGCAGCACUUUGUUGACCCAGAAGAUGUGGUAGCACAAAAAAUUGUUGUACGGAGGAACAGCCCUAGAGGAGUACACUUUCGGCGUGCAGGUCCUCGGGAAAAGGUUUAUUUCAAGGAAGAAGAAGUAAGAGCUUGCAUAGUGACAUGUGGUGGCUUGUGCCCGGGUAUUAAUACUGUGAUUCGUGAGAUAGUAUGUGGCCUGAAUUAUAUGUAUGGCGUUGAUGACAUCCUCGGAAUUGAGGUGAGUUUAGUGAUAGACAAAUCUUUCGGUUUUGAUACUGCUGUAGAAGAAGCACAGAGAGCCAUAAAUGCUGCACAUGUUGAGGUUGAAAGUGUGGAAAAUGGAAUUGGUAUUGUGAGGCUUAUGGGUCGCUACUGUGGGUUCAUUGCUAUGCAUGCAACUUUGGCAAGUCGUGAUGUGGAUUGUUGCUUGAUUCCUGAGUCUCCAUUUUAUCUUGAGGGCCAUGGUGGGAUUUUUGAAUUUAUUGAACAACGCCUUAAAGAAAAUGGGCACAUGGUUAUUGUGCUGGCAGAAGGUGCUGGACAAGAGCUGGUUGCUCAAAGCAUGCAUGCAGUUGAUGCAAAAGACGCAUCAGGGAAUAGGCUACUCCAAGACGUCGGGCCAUGGCUUUCUCAAAAGAUCAAGGAUCAUUUCAUAAUGAACCCAAAGAUGGCAGUAAAUCUGAAGUAUAUAGAUCCAACAUACAUGAUCCGAGCUAUUCCAAGUAAUGCAUCUGACAAUAUCUACUGCACUCUUCUUGCACAUAGUGCAGUACAUGGGGCCAUGGCAGGGUUCACAGGCUUCACAGUUGGACCCGUAAACAGCAGACAUGCUUACAUUCCAAUCAAUCGUGUGACAGAGACUCAAAACACAGUAAAGCUGACAGACAGGAUGUGGGCUAGACUUCUUGCCUCAACAAACCAACCAAGUUUCUUGAGCCAUGAUGAGGUCAGGAAAAAAACGGAUGAUGAAGAAACUGUUAAAACGCUUGACCACAUAACAAAUUCUUCUGUGCAGUUGCCAUGAACAUCUGCAGUGAAAAUGAAAAACCCAUACGAAGUAGCAUCAUAUCUUAUUUUUUAAUAGCCACAUAAGAGCUCUCACUACCUGGUGCAGCUCCAAGGUCAUAUUUUAACUUAAUGUGAUGUACAAUACAGGUUCAUGUGGACCCAUAUUUUUUGAAUAGUGAUCUGCUUAAUUGUUAGCCUUUUUAGCCUCAA